AUGAAAAGAGCUCUACUUAUCAUAAUCUACUGGUGUAGUGCCUUCUUAUCAAUCGAUGUGCUAUUACUAACUGCUGUUAACAAUGAGGGAAAAGAACUGGAAUUAUCACUGCAUGCCAGUUUUGUUAAUGUGUUUCUUCUAUUGACUGCAUCAUCUUUCCUUCGAUUAAUUACCAUCAGACCUGGUUUUCUUCCCAAACCCACAAUCUCAGUUGACUUUUCAGAUCUCUCAAAGAAUUUAAGUACAAAGUCCUCAUGGGUUGUGUGCAAAUCUUGCUCAAUAUUCACUUCUCCGACAGCGAGACACUGCACAACUUGUAAUGGGUGUUUGGUGCGUUCUAGAGGACACUGGUCUGCAAUGUGUACUUGUGUAGGGGUACUGAACCACAAGUUCCUUAUCCAGCUACUAUUCUGGGGCGUGGUCUUCUCUACCUACACACUGUGUGUCGGCUUGAAACUCACUACUAACUGUGCUAGUGUUAUCUGCUGUGGUCUGAGUCUCAGUUCUCUCCUUAUCCUAGCUUACUUUCUCUAUAAAGAGGUGAUGUUCGUCACUAGAGCAGAGGAGGGAGUGCACGUGACUCUGCUCCGCAUAUUUGGGAGAGGAAACAAGUUGUUCUGGCUCUUCCCUUGUUCCAGCUCUGUCUCUUCUAAACCUAACAUUGCUGAUAUGUAGCACUGUUUAUCUCUAGUGUAUUUAUCAAACUUUAAUAAAAUCAUCAGGAGGAAGGUCGGGCAGUAUCCAGAUAGCCCGACCCCUGGCCCUGUUCGCGAACAACUGUUGUUUCAGAUAUAUCACCUGGUUUUAUAUUGUUACCAUGAAAACACUACUGUUUUAUAUUAUAUUAAAUAUCUAAAUAUGUGAAGGGUUAUCUGAAUAUUUGGUAUGUACCUGCUGCAGAGAAACUGUUUAAUUUGCGUGGUCAGUUAGCGUUUUUGUUAGGAAGUAGAUAGGAAGUAACCCACACAGUAUUGUAUUGUUACUUAUGUAAAUACUUCUUGUAGCUCAGACAUUCUUCUUCAUGGGGCUAUUAUAUGGUACACUUUGUAUACGUUUUAUAUUUGAAUUUGGUAAACUGUGCAGAUUACAGUUUUAUGAGUGAGUUUUUAGCCGUGGUUUGUAUUCUUUAUUUUAUAUAUAUUUGUAUCCAACAUUUUGUUA